CAAGCGACGCUCUCGCACUCUUUAUCCAUUCCCGCACUCACUUGCUGUUGUUGGCGCUCCCUCUUGGUAGAAAUUGAGAUUGGUACUACCCGAGGGCCCGCACAACCAUUCACCAUCCAACAAUCUCAGUUUGCGAGGCUCAGCAGUUCAAGGACAACCCGCUUUGCUCCUACAGUAUGCGAGUACUCGAAGACUGAAUUCACCCGGAAAUGUUAUAUUCGUGACCACUUCAAACUCGUCCAGUCUCUUGUUUGUAGCGGCGUAUCGCACUGUACUUCAUCCAAUAAAUUUUUCAUUCUUGUAUCGCUGGAGCAGAUGACUUAUGGUCAAACCGCUUGGCUACGCUCGUUGUGAGGAGCAGACUCUUUGAGCCUCUUCCUCUCAUUUAAUACAUCGCCUUUCAAGAUGGCCGCAACAUACGAAAAGAUUGUGCACCAUUCAUUGAUGGGAAGAGCCUGCGGCUUUCCGUCUGUGAAUACCACUUGCGAGGCAAGCAAGAUGAUGACUGUGCGAGGGUCGAAGGAUUUGAGCUGUAAGAGGUUGGUCAACCUGAGGCACAACCUACAAUCGUAUGGAUUCCCCGCACCCGCCUUGAGGAAAUUCGGUUCAAGACAAGCCAUGCCAAAGAGAUUGGUGUGUCGAGCGGCGGAUGCCACCUUUGGAGGCGCAGAGAAUAUGAAGCCACCCGUGUUUCCGCGGCGUAAUGUCCGAGAUCCAUUCAAGCUCCUAGGAUUGAGCUCCGACGCAUCCGAGGAAGAAAUCCGCGAAGCCAAGAAUUAUCUGACGGAGCAAUACCACGGUCACGAGUACAGCCGGGAGGCUAUUGAGGCAGCAUACGAAAAAAUUAUCAUGCACAGCUAUCGCGUGCGCAAAGCUUCAAAAAUCAACUUGAAGACCAACCUGAAGAAGAAGGUGGAAGAGUCGCCCCCAUGGGUGCGGGCCAUUCUCAACAUGGUUGAAGUUCCGAACAAAACCAUCAUCGGACAGCGAGCUGCGCUUUUUUUCUUACUGGGUGUGUGGAGUGUGUUCAAUCCUGCAGAAGGAGGCCCUGCUUUCCAAGUAGCUGUUUCUCUUGCUGCAUGUGUCUAUUUCAUCAAUCUCCGACUCAAGAGCCUCGGAAGAGCUUUUAUGCUGGGCCUGAGUUCCUUGGUUGUGGGCUGGGUGUUUGGUUCCGUCUUGAUCCCCGUCAUUCCUUCGCAGCUCAUUCCGAGGGCUUGGUCCUUGGAGCUUUCCACCGCUCUUGUCUCCUACGUCUUCUUGUGGUUUUCGUGCACAUUUUUGAGAUAAAGACGAGGUGCAGUUCUGCAGCGAGGAGACAUUAGGGUGUUUCACAAGCAGAGUACUUGAGGCGUUUAAUUGGAAAGCUCUUUCAAUAAGAAUUGCAGCGUGCGGGGAGCUCCAACCUUAGUUUAGAGAUGAGCGACAUUGUAGUUGGUACCAUUGGCACCUUUUAUUGCCUUGCGAUUGUAUCUUUUGGUUAGCUGUUUUAACAGGUAGCCUCCUCAUCUGGUUUCAUUUGUUUGGAGGGAGGACAUUUUUGUACCUAUUUCUCUUCCGAUUUGUUUUGUGAGACGUUUUGGAGACAAUAACAGAAACAGUGGUUUUAUGUGUUCUCUCGAUUGCACACGUUCACAGAAUUGAGACAAUCAUAAAUGGAAUCUAGAGUUUCCCAAGUUGCAAUAUGUGUCGGUGGUUUCAAACAUAAUGUUAUAAUAAAAUCUUCUUCCUUGUUGGGUCA